AUGCGGCGUUUUCUGGCGCGCAAGUCACACAAACCGCAGGAUGAGGAGCGCUAUGAUAACGCAAAUGCACCGAUGGUGCCUCCAGAAGAGGACGCACUAACAUACCCAACGUACGGUGAGACGCGCGCAGUUGAUGUAGGCCGCGGCAAGCCGAAGCGAAGCUUUACGCCGCUCCGCCCGAAAAGCGGCGCACAAGACAAGAGCAUAUCGAGCCGCAAUUCUUCGAUCAUAGCGCAGGCGGAAAACUGGGCACCGUGGCAGGACUAUGGCGCUCCGGCUAGCGUGGCGAGCACAAGGCGGCGUGUACAUAGUCUCACGUUACAAGGACCCAACGAAGUGGACGAUGCGUCCUAUGCAACGCAGUGCAAUGCGCAAGAAAAACGAGUGCGCGAAAAGCCACCCCUAUUUAAUUGGAAAAAAACGAUGGGCGAGCACCACAAGCAUGUCCGGCGCGCGCCCCGGUCCGACGCUCUGCGCGUGUUCGCGCCGAUGCACGCCGAAAUAGCCAAACAGAGCGCAAAACAGGAUCCGUCCGAGGUCGCGACGCGUAUUGCCGCUUUUUGCAAUGCAGCACCGAGUGGCUGCGACUGGCAAGAAGCUCACGCGCUCGGCGACUACCUCAACCAUUCCGACGCGCACAGCAAGGAGGCUGUCCGCGUCCUCCGCGCAGCGAUGCGGAGCAAUAAUUUGGAGGUACAGCGCCGUGCGGUGCAUGCGUGGGGCAUUUGGUCCUUAUUUGCAGGCGGCACAUUUGGCGCGUACGCUGCGAAUGCACAGCUGCUUGGGACGCUCGAGGAGCUCUUGGACAACUCGCUCACCUUUCCCGCACUCCGCGAAGACAUUCUCGACGUCUUGUCUGCACUUACAUACCGCGCCAAAAGCACACAGCGACUCCGGCCGGUCGCGCGGCUUUGGUCGCGCGUACGCCCGGCGUCGUGCCCUGAGCACGGCGAGCCGAUGCGCCGCGCCUUAUUUAGCGAUCGGGAGGAUGCGCAGUCGGAAGGGGAGGACGUGUCCGACGAUUCGCAUGAAAAGGUGCCGGCAGCCGCUGUGCACCCGGAGCGCACGCUGCUUACAAUUCCUACCGAGCGUACGCCACAAGGAGCGCGGCCGCCGCCCAAGCCGUUGCGCCUCGAUGCAGAUGCGCGUACGCCCACCAAAACAGCGCUUCCGGCCAUGCCCGGCCCUGGCCCCGAGUAUACUGAACUUGCACCGUACAUACCUUCCCCCCUUCGGGCAGGUUCAGACGGCAGCGAAUCGCCCAUGAAUGAUGAUGUGCAACGCGAAUGCCAAGUCGCACACGCCAAUGCAUCCGUGCUUCUCGACGCACUUGCUUUCCAAGGCGUGUCCAACCCCCUUGUUCCUGAAUUUUCCCACAAUGCGCAGCUUUCCCGGGACUGGCUUGAGGCGCAAUGCACGCGGAUAUCCGACGAGGCACAGAAUGCGGCGCUCGGCAAUGCCGACCCCGACGCGGAUGCGUUGUUCGCAAACAUCCUCGACGCGCUUAGCCACGUCGACGAGGCUUUGGCCGAGUGCGACCGGCUAUAUGAGCUUGACGCAAACGACGCGAACGGACACGAAAGCGAGCAGUCGAGCACAGAAGGCGACGAGCCUGCAUUGCCACCGGAACCUGUGCAGCCAAGCGCCAAGGCGCUUGGCAAGCGCCGCGAAGUCGACCCUAGAAUGUCGUCAAAGCCACCACUUCCUGCGCCGCCCGCGGCACUACGCGAAAAUACCUAA